CAUAUCGUAGUAGACGCAGCCAGUGCGCAAGAGUAGCUGAAAUCGCAAUAUAUUUUAAUUAAUUACAGUUGUAAUCGGAUUUUUUUGAUACAACAAUGUGUAAGACUACUACCAAAGAGUUUGAGGUCGUGGAGACGGGGAAGAAGAAACCGUACACUGCUUCUGUUGAAGAGGCGUUGUCUAUGACUGGUUUCGGCAAGUACAACUUUGGUCUACUACUAGUAUGUAGCUGGACCCUACAGGCGAUGGGUAUGGACAUGUUCGGCACCAGCUUCGUGGUGGCGGCCGCUGUCUGCGACCUGGAGCUCACGCUGCAGCAGAGAGCGUUGCUUACUGCUAUGCCGCUUUUAGGCGUGGUGGCAGGAGCUCAACUCUGGGGCUAUGUUUCCGACACUAAGGGUCGGAGACUGACCCUCGUGCUAUCCAUGUCAAUCGGCUUCGUGUUCGCAGCCCUCAGCAGCUUGUCUCCAAACUGGCAAACCAUGGCUAUUCUUAAACUGAUCUCUUCCACUUUUACUUCAGCUAGCAACUCCGGCGCCUACACACUCCUAGGAGAGAGUUGUUCUGAGCGCGCUCGCGGCCGUGCCAUGUUGCUCUGCACAUGCGCUCUCAUGUGCUCACAGGCUACUGUAGCUGUAUUCGCCUACCCAAUUCUUCCCCUCGGCUUCGCGUACCACAUCGACUUCCUGGGCAUCACGUACCGUCCAUGGCGUCUCCUAGCGCUGGUCAUGUCUCUCCCCUGCGCGGCCACUGCGUGUCUGCUGCAACUAUUCCACGAGAGCCCCAAGUUCCUGGUCUCCCAUGGACGGCUGGAUGAAGCCCUGGAUGUCCUGAAGAGCAUCUAUGCGACUAACACUGGCAAUGAGGCUGAUAGUUUUCCUGUUAAAAAGCUUUUGGAAGAUACUGAGAACCAGUCCACCGAAGCUAAGGUUUCCUUCUUCAGAUCUGUUUGGCAGCAGACCGUACCUCUCUUCAGAGCACCGUUGUUGAAGGAGACUCUCAGGCUCUUCUACCUUGUUGCUGUUAUUUACAUGACUGGCAGUGGCUUCAUCCUCUGGUUGCCCUACAUCAUGAACAACCUGUUUUUCGUCUUAGAAGCCGGAGGUGGUGAUGGCAUGAACCUCUGUGCAGUUAUCAAGUACCCGUCUGUUGCUGGAUUUACUAGUGGAAAUAUGACGGACGUAGAAAUCUGCGAUGACACGAUCCAGAACACAACCCUAUUCUCCGCCAUGACAUACGGCGCCUUAGCCAGCUGCUCCAACCUGGUUCUCUCCCUCACCUGUGGCAGUCGGAAGCGGCUCGCCAUGAUCUGCAUCAUGACCAUGUCUGCCAUAGCAGCCGUCCUACUGAACGUGGUAGCCGUGCCGUUAGCUGGGGGAAUAUUCUUCUUCUUCUUCCUCAUGUGUGCGCUGUCUAUGGGCAUCUUGAGUGUCUACUUUGUGGAGCUGUAUCCGACCUCUUUGAGAGGGAUGGUGUCUUGUCUGUCUGUGAUGCUGGGCAGACUGAGCGCGUUCUUGGGAGUGAACGCAAUAGGAGCCCUGAUCGCGACCAGCUGUGAAGCCACUUUCUACGGCUGGUCCUUGUUAUUGAUGAGUGCAAUAGCAGUGGCCUGGUUCCUUCCUCGGGACAAAGCUCCGAAGCAGUGAAGAUCAUCACCUCAUUGGAUCUCCAGAAGACUGAAAAUACUUACUCUUAGUUACUUAGUAUGAAUGAGCUAGAAUGAUUUGUUCCCAUGGAGAACAAAAUGACUAGCGGAGAUGUCAUAACACAAAAUUUUCUAAUGCCAAAAUGCAGGUGUUCGGAUGACGGAACAUUACUAACUCCACCCUAACACACCUUCGUUACAAGCCGCCCAUUCUUUUCAAAAUAAGACCAAUCUUUGACAGAUUGAUUGAUACAAGGAACCCGAACGCCUCGUUUGUUCUAGUAACUGAUCACGCCUAACUUAAGUUAUAUUGAUCUACAAACAGGCGCCUGACACCUUUCUUAUGGCAUCUCCGCAAUGUUUCCUUCCUCCGUGUUUGUUCCUGAAAAGCGACUGACUGAUAAUUUUAUUGAAUGCAUUUGUUUAGUUUUUAGCAAUCGUAAGGGUAGCUUAGAUAUCUCAAAAUGUUAACUGUAACACACGUGUUAUUUUUAAUUUUCUUGUUCGAUACUGUGUUUCGGAUGGCACUUUAAACUGUAGGUCCCAGCUGUCAUUGAACAUCUUUGGCAGUCGUUAGGGGUAGCCAGAAGCCAGUAAGUCUGACACCAGUCUAACCAAGGGGUAUUGGGUUGCCUGGGUAACUGGGUUGAGGGGGUUAGAUAGGUCUCCUUGUAAAGCACUUGUACUCAGUUACAUCCAGUUAGACUGGAAGCCGACCCCAACAUAGUUGGGAAAAGGGCUCGGAGGAUGAUUGUACUCGGAAGAUUGUGAGAUAGGUAACCUGGAUUUCAAAAGCCUAGAAUAGUCUCACAGUCCUGCGGACUAAUUUAAUGCUCAUUCCUUCUCUGUGUGAGAAGAGGUCUGAGCCUCUUCUGUGUCAGAUUAUUAUACAAUCUUUAUUUGUAGUUAAGCAUAAGUUGCGUUAUUUUAGUUUUAAUGUACCUGAUAAGGUCUUGAAAUUAAUAUAUCUACGUAAAUGUAAUAAACAUUGUGUUUAUUGUUAUAAUACAUAUGUUAUAUGUUUUUUUAUUUAAGUGAUUAUUGAAUAUUAA